GAUGCGUCUCUCAGGGAGGGAGAAUCGAACCUGAGAUCCCGGCGUUUCAUUUUCGUGGAGGAAAAAAAAAAGCUGUUGAGCACCACAGUCCAGGCGCAGUAGGGACUUGUACAUCUGCAGGCAGGUCUCGCUGUUCCGCUGCAAUGAAACCCAGGGCAACAUUUCUGUGGACUUGUACUUUUGCGAUUAUCUUUAUUGUGAUGGAAUCUCCUUCAGCUUCAAAGACACCGAAUAAGAUGAAUUCUAGAAACUGGGGCCCACAGUCCAUGAUGUACCUUAAAGGAAAAUAUGGGAGAAGAUACGUUUCCGACUAUGAUGAAGAUCAAUUUGAGAAAUUUGGGUUGAAUAACUGGAACGCGCUUCUAAAAGGAUACCAAAAAUUAAGGCCAGUGGAGUAUAAAAACAUCAGAAGAAUGCUGACAGCUGAAAAAGUAGAGAUUCGGUACCUCGAGUAGCAUAACAACAAUAAUGACUGAUCUUCUGUCUUGUUGCUCGAAGUCAAGGACAUCACCAGUGGACCUGCUGCUGCUCAGGAUCCUCACUCUGUGGAUAAGCCUUGUCUGUCAGUCAGUCUUGAUCAGUUAUGUGUUCAUGUAAAUCCAUUUGUGGAAUACAAACGGAACAUAUGUACAGUGUAAUUUGCAACACUUAUUUUCAAUUUGCUUUUUGUGUAAUACAUCAUUUCUUCUAUUGACACUGAAUGUUGCACUUAAACUUUGUGUUCUUGUCUGUUUAAGAGAACAUUAACUGUAAUGCUAUUAAAUAACAUCCAAAACUGUGUCAAAAGCAAGAAUAUAUAAUGAUUUAUAUACCCUGUUAUGAAACAACAUUUAAGCACAUUUGGCUUGUUGGCACAUUUAGCUUAUUGAAUACCUCAUUCCUAGGCAUGAUGUCUCUCAGGUCCUGUUCAGAUAUAUUCCUGCUUUGUAAGUUAUGCUAUUGUCCUAUGGAGACUGUCCUGGCAAGAAAAUACUUGAUCAAU